UUCUCUUCUCCUUUUGUAUUUACCUAUGAUAUAAGCUAAGCCCAUCUUCACUUACCAUCUUGGCUCACAAGCACCCUUUCCUUUCUUCAUAUUCCAUCUUUCUGCUUUCACCUCUCUCUCUCUCUCUCUCUCUUCCGAGCUCCAUCUCCACUGCCAAAGAGCAUGCCUGAAUGUCCACAGAAAGGGAGAGAUUUGAUGAGGUUGGCAAGAAGAUCAAGAGAGAAGCUGAUGGCGCCGUCGAUCCGACGGGAAGCCCAGUGGGAACCCUAAACACCAUUACCCCUUGCGCCGCUUGCAAACUCUUGAGGCGGCGUUGUGCUCAAGAGUGUCCCUUCUCUCCUUAUUUCUCACCACAUGAGCCCCAAAAGUUUGCAGCAGUGCAUAAGGUCUUCGGUGCAAGCAACGUCUCCAAGAUGCUAACGGAGGUUCCCAAGGCCCAGAGAGCUGAUGCAGCGAAUAGCCUUGUCUACGAGGCGAACGUGAGGCUAAGAGACCCAGUGUAUGGAUGCAUGGGGGCAAUUUCAGCUUUGCAGCAACAAGUUCAGGGCUUAGAAAUGGAGCUCCAAGUAGUAAGGGCUGAGAUCUUGAAGCUUAAGUAUAGGCAAGCUAGUGUUCAUGUUCUCCCUGCAUCUCAUGCUGCUUUUCUUGCUCCCGGGGAUGUGUCCGUGGCUGCACCACCCUCAAUCCAAACUCCACCACCUCCUCCAGCUUCUGCUGCCUCUUCCUCUACCUCUUCCAUUUGCAUCACCCCAAAUGAAAAAGUUACAUACUUUGGCUGAAAAGCAAGCUUUCAAAAAAUUUUGCAAGUCUUGAACCGUAUGGAAGAAAGGAGGAAGGCAAUAUUGGACUGAUAGGGAGUAUAUUUUUUCUUUUAAUGUUUUCUUUGAAUUCAAGCCUUACAUCACCGCAAAUGAAAAGGUUACAUAAUUUGGCUAAGAAGCUUUCAAAAAAUUUUGUAAGUCUUGAACCAUAGUGAGUAAAUAUGGAAUAAAGGAGGAAGGCUAUAUUGGAUU